GGACAGAUAAGCUGUCCCUUUUGUCUCAUAUCAUAUCUCACACAAUCCUUCGUAUCUCUCACUCCCCCUAUCCCUCUUAAAAACCCUUAAACCUCAUCAUAAACACAACCAACUCAAUCUUUCUUCUUCACCAACUUUCAGGCAAUCUUUUCCAAUCCAGCAAGAUGAUGGGUUCAAAGGCGAGGAAGAAGCAGAUGUGGUCUCCGCAGCCAUUGACGCCACUCAUGGAAGGUCCAGACCCAGAAAUGCAAGAAGAAGGAGGUAAGAAGGAAAGCUCUUGGGAAGCCAUACGUGAAUGGUUCAGAGCACAAAAGGGUCUUCCUCAAGGAAGUAACUUAUCAACUUCGGCAUAUGGAAGUAAUGGUAGUACCAUUCCGGCAAAGAGACAAGAUUUGAGGCUCUUGCUUGGUGUGUUGGGCUGUCCUUUAGCUCCAAUUCCUCAAGCCAGUGAGCCAGUUGAUCAUCCCAUGCCUCACAUCAAAGACAUCCCAUUUGAAACUUCGACUGCGCACUACAUUAUACAACAGUAUCUGGCAGCAAGCGGGUGCUUGAAGCAGCAGAAGUGCAACAAGAACAUGUAUGCGAGUGGGAUGGUAAAGAUGGUCUGCUGUGAGACUGAGGUUUCUGCAGGUAGAAAUGUGAAGACUUUGGGAACAAGAAGUGGGGAAAGUGGGUGCUUUGUUCUUUGGCAAAUGUUACCCGGCAUGUGGUCUCUGGAAUUGGUGGUCGGCGGCAACAAGGUGGUGGCCGGAAGUGAUGGAAAGACUGUGUGGAGGCACACCCCUUGGCUCGGUACUCAUGCUGCCAAAGGCCCUCAACGCCCAUUACGCCGCAUCAUCCAGGGCCUAGACCCAAAGAGCACAGCAAGCUUGUUUGCCAAGGCACAAUGUUUGGGGGAGAAGAGGAUUGGCGACGAUGAUUGCUUUGUACUAAAAGUUUCUGCAGACCGUGAGGCUGUAAUGGAACGAAGCGAAGGUCCUGCAGAGGUAAUUAGGCAUGCAUUGUACGGCUAUUUCUGUCAAAAGAGUGGACUCCUCAUCUACUUAGAGGACUCGCACCUCACUAGGGUUGAAACCCCAGAAAACGAAACUGUGUAUUGGGAGACGACCAUAGGAAGCAGCAUUGCAGAUUACAGAGAUGUUGAUGGUGUGCUCAUCGCUCAUCAAGGCCGUUCCAUCGCCACCGUUUUCCGGUGUGGCGAGCUAUCAAUGGAGUAUACGAGGACUAGAAUGGAAGAGGUUUGGAACAUUGAUGAUGUUGUGUUCAAUGUGCCGGGGCUUUCCAUGGACUAUUUCAUUGCUCCUGCUGAUAUAUAUGAUAGUAGUAGUGCUGUACAAUCACCAUGAUUAACCCUAAUGAACUGAACUAAGCUUAAUUAAUAGGAUGCUAGUUUGUUUCUAAUUACAAAAAUAUUGGCGGGUACACGAGUGUAUUUUUCUGGUUUUUCUUCUUUUAUCUUCAAGUGUAUUAUGUAAUAUGUAGUCUCUCUUUUUUGUAAUAAUAUGUAAUAUUAUGAAAUCACUGAGCUUAAAAUGAC